AUGUUGGAACUCCUCGAUACGCACCACCAAGAAGUACAGCCAACUCCCGCCGACCCGGACGUUGGACUUGGCGGGGCCGACGUGGCCAACGAGGGCCUUGGAGCGGAACCAGAAGAG